AUGUCAAUUUUGAGAGAUUUAAUAGAAUCUGUUGUCCCAGUGGCAUACGCGGACGAACCUGAAGAAGAACCAGUUGAAGAGUCAACAGAAGAUUCCGCGGAUGACUCUGAAAAAGAGGGCGAUGAUGAAGAAGAAAAAGGUGAUGAUGAGGAAGACGAGGAAGAUGAAGAAGAAGAUGACGAAGAUGACGAAGAAGAAGAGUCUGAAGAUCCAUUGGACGGAAUGCGUGCAGAAUGUGCUUCGAUCCCUGCUUGUAAACCAUUCGGUCAUCAUUACGAAGAGUGCGUUGAGAGAGUUACCAAAGAACAACAAGAAGAGGGUUAUGAACAUAAAGCUUACAAAGAAGAUUGUGUGGAGGAGUUUUUCCAUUUACAACACUGCAUCAAUGACUGUGUUGCUCCUAAGCUUUUCUACAAAUUAAAAUAA